GGUUCGCGGAGAGGCCGUUGGAUUCGCCGCAGGUAAAACCGUUUCUGUGCCGUUCCCGCCCCGGCGCAGAGCGGAAGGCCUCCGGGGGUGUCGAGGGCUCGGUGCCUCCAUCAUGGACUACCGGCGGCUCCUGAUGAGCCGGGUGGUCCCUGGGCAGUUCGACGACGCCGAUUCCUCCGACAGUGAAAAUGUAAAUUUGAAGAUAAUCAAAGCGGAAGAUGGCAUUCUGUUUGAAGACUUUCAAAACAAUGUGACUAAGAAGAGUGAAAGUGAGAUAAAAGUUGAAGAGGAAGAAGAGGAGGACUAUGAUGAUGACAGUGAUUGGGAUUGGGAUGAUGGAGUUGGAAAACUCACCAAGGGUUAUGUCUGGAAUGGAGGGAGUAACCCACAGGCAAAUCGACAGAUUUCCAACUACAGUUCAGCCAGAAUGUCUACUCCAGCUGACAAAGUCUUACGGAAAUUUGAAAAUAAAAUUAAUCUAGAUAAGCUAAAUGUUACUGAUUCUGUCAUAAAUAAAGUCACCGAAAAAUCUAGACAAAAGGAAGCAGAUAUGUAUCGCAUCAAAGAUAAAGCAGACAGAGCAACUGUAGAACAGGUUUUGGAUCCCAGAACAAGAAUGAUUUUAUUCAAGAUGUUGACUAGAGGAAUCAUAUCAGAGAUAAAUGGCUGCAUUAGCACAGGAAAAGAAGCCAAUGUAUACCAUGCUAGCACAAUAAAUGGGGAAAGCAGAGCAAUCAAGAUUUAUAAAACUUCUAUCUUGGUGUUUAAAGAUCGGGAUAAGUAUGUAAGCGGGGAAUUCAGAUUUCGUCGUGGCUAUUGUAAAGGAAACCCUAGGAAAAUGGUGAAAACAUGGGCAGAAAAAGAAAUGAGGAACUUAAUCAGGUUAAACACAGCAGAGAUACCAUGUCCAGAACCAAUAAUGCUAAGAAGUCAUGUUCUUGUCAUGGGUUUCAUUGGUAAAGACGAUAUGCCUGCACCACUCUUGAAAAAUGUCCAGUUAUCAGAAUCUAAGGCUCGGGAGUUGUAUCUGCAGGUUAUUCAAUACAUGAGAAGAAUGUAUCAGGAUGCCAGACUUGUCCAUGCAGAUCUCAGUGAAUUUAACAUGCUGUACCAUGGUGGAGAUGUGUACAUCAUUGAUGUUUCUCAGUCUGUGGAGCAUGACCACCCACAUGCCUUGGAGUUCUUGAGGAAAGACUGUGCCAAUGUCAAUGAUUUCUUCUUGAAGCAUGCCGUUGCUAUCAUGACUGUGCGGGAGCUCUUUGAAUUUAUCACAGACCCUUCCAUUACACCUGAGAAUAUGGAUGAUUAUCUCUCAAAGGCCAUGGAAGUAGCAUCUCAAAGGACCAAGGAAGAAAGGUCUAACCAAGAUCAUGUGGAUGAAGAGGUGUUCAAGCGAGCAUAUAUUCCUAGAACCUUGAAUGAAGUAAAAAAUUAUGAGAGGGAUAUGGAUAUAAUGAUGAAGCUGAAGGAAGAGGACAUGGCCAUGAACGCUCAACAGGACAAUAUUCUAUAUCAAACUGUCACUGGAUUGAAGAAAGAUUUGUCAGGAGUUCAGAAGGUUCCGGCACUCCUAGAAAAUAAAGUUAAAGAGAAGACUUGUUCUGAUUCAGAAGAUACUGGAAGCUCUGAAUGCUCUGACGCAGACUCUGAAGAGGAGGGAGACCGUGCUCACUGCAAAAAGCACCCCACUGACCCCGACAUUGAUAAGAAGGAAAGAAAAAAGAUGGUAAAGGAAGCCCAGAGAGAGAGAAGGAAAAACAAAAUCCCUAAACAUGUGAAAAAAAGAAAGGAGAAGACAGCCAAAACCAAAAAAGGCAAAUAGAGUGAGAGCUCUAUCGUGUAGUCAUUUUCCUUCAGCUGCUUUCUCACCUGAACUCGGAGCUGCAGCUGGAAGAUGGCUUCUUGAUUUUAACCGAGUAGUUAUUAUGGCACCAUUUGUGAAGACUGAUUUGAAUGUUUUUCCUGUAAUUAUGUAAAAAGCCCUAAGUUCUCAUGUCCAGAUCCAGUCACUGACACUGUCUGGUAUUGACAGAGGAUUUGUCUAAGCUACUAUUUUAAUGAAGAACUUGGUACAUUUUUAUUUUUAUAUUUUUUUCUCUUGCAAAUCUGUUUUUAGAAGUAUCAUAAAAUAUUUAAAUAUUCCAUGACCUUUAUGUCAGUAUAAAGGCACUUUAGACAAACUUGGGAAAAUCAUUUUUGCUUUCUUUAUACUUGCCAAAAACAUCUGAAAUCAUUUGGUUAUAAGGCCAUGGUUUAUAUAAAAGGGAGCUUUGCUCAUAAGAAAAUUCAGUUGACCACUGAUGUAAUCAUUCACUGCAACUCUG